CCCGGCGCGUCACUGCCAUGGAUCCCUUCCUGGUGCUGCUGCACUCCCUCUCCGGCAGCCUGUCGAGCAGCGAUCUGAUGGAGCUCAAGUUCCUGUGCCGUGAGCGCGUGGGCAAACGCAAGCUGGAGCGCAUGCAGAGCGGCCUGGACCUGUUCUCGGUGCUGCUGGAGCAGAACGAUCUGAACCGCAAUCAUACUGGACUGCUGCGCGAGUUGCUGGCCUCGCUGCGCAGGCACGACCUACUGCAACGCCUGGACAACUUCGAAGCGGGGCUGGCGGUCUCGACCGCGCCGGGGGAGGCAGAUCUGCAGGUGGCAUUUGACAUCGUGUGUGAAAAUGUAGGGAGAGACUGGAAGAGACUGGCCCGUGUGCUGAAAUUGUCUGAGGUCAAAAUUGACGGGAUUGAGGAGAGGUACCCCCGAAGCCUGAGUGAGCAGGUAAGGGAGACUCUGAGGGUCUGGAAGAUUGCCGAGAGGGAGAAAGCCACAGUGUCUGAACUGGUGAACGCACUGCGGAUGUGUCAGCUGAACCUGGUGGCUGACCUGGUGGAAGAAGCGCUGCAGACCCGGGGAUCAGUGACUGAGAGUGAGAAUGUGUCCCGAGUGCUGUGGGACUCAACUGUGUCUUCCUCACAAGCACCGUGACAAGCCUGCCACUCCUGACAGGAGCCACGUUGGACUACACACACACCAUGAUGCAUUACCAAGUGCCUUCCGUUCCCAGUGCCAUGGAGACCUCGUUGAUCCAGACCAGACCCACUCACGAGCCCACUCACUGAACUAGCUCCUGAAGUAAAGCUGUUAUGUAUAGAACCUCUUUCUUCUCAACUUUGGGGACUCAUGGAACUUCUUUUGGUGUUCUCCACUGCUGCUCCUUCCCCUGAGAGAAGUCCCUCGUCCUGCAAAGAAGUUAGAGCUAAGGGCACAUGUGCUGAAAGUUUGAGAGCCUUCCUGUCCUUUGGGACACCAGCUCAGUUCAGAGCACUUGACUGCCCCGUUGACCGUUAGGACAUCUGUCCCGUUUCCUUAAAGGCCAUCAGAGCAGCUCCUGCCUGCAAACAAGUGUACUUGCGGGAGCAUCGCACACCGUACCCUGCACAUCAGCUCCUGCGAGAACUGAUUCUAAAGUUCACAGCCUACAGAAAUUGCUGCCUCUGGGAAGGACUGUGAUUUAAAGGGCAGCUCCCCUGCUUCUAACAUGGUCUUUAAACAAGUGCCCUGAGCCUAGAUGUCAUGGCUCACUCUGAAAUUCUAGCACUUUAGAGAAUUGCAUUCCAUGGCAAUAUGAAUGAGGGCUACACAUGAGGCCUUCUCACAAAAACAAGUGUCUUUACCUGGAAACACCUGUGUCCCCCAGAAUUUCCACUGUGUUAAGGACCCUUCUGAUCUUGGAAGUCCAGCGGGCUGUCUGCUGUCUUUACAGCCCUAGGUGCUAGUUGUGAAUGGGCUGAUGACAUUUCCUGUCUGCUUUGCUUCACACCAGCAGGGGGCCCUGUCUGCCAAACUGGGUCACCAAGCUUUCCAACCUUUGAUCAUAUAGCAGGCGGAUCUCUGAUCUGUGAGUUCGAGGACAGCUAGCCUACAUAGCAAACUACAGACCAGCUACAUGGAAAGACACUAUCUGAAAAGUUCGUGUCUGGAGUUUUCUUAGACCCGAGGUUCACCUGACAGAGUGAAGAGCUGCGCCCCACUGUCCUGAGCCUAGUGUUUGCUUCAUAAGUGAACAGCCUGGGGCUUGUGCUCAAACAUUGAUCAAACAUUUCCUGAGGUUCUGUGCCCUCAUUUCCCCCUCUCUGCUCUACCCACCCCACCAGGCCGCUGACCCCUCAGCACACGUGGGCUCUCCUCAGCCCCCUUCUCAUUUAUUGUUGAUUCCUUCACUGCUGCGUUCCUGGGCUGCAGCCUCCCCAGCCUCGAGCCUACUGUGCUUUUCAGCCCAGCGCCUGUCCAUCUGGCUCUUCUGCCUCACUCAAACUAUUGGCCAUUGAGGCCUCUCCUGUCUUCUCUGGGAACUCAUCCUGUUUUCUCUGACCCCGUGUCCCACCUGGCUACAGCCACAACCCUCUUAUCUCGGCUCCCUAGAAUAUUCAUAGGCCUGUGCAAGGGCUCUGGUUGGUGUUUGCUGUGGUCCUCUCUAGCCCCUUCCCCUACCACCAUUUUGAGGGAUUUUGCUUUGAGACCGGGUGUCAUGUAACCCAGAUAUAACUUAGACCUGAAACUCACGGUGUAACUGAAGUGAUUAGAACUUCCUGAUCCUCCUACCUCUGCUUCUCAAGUGCCCUGAUCACUAGUGUAGCCUCACUCAGGCCCAAGUCUUUAGGGCCCACACUCUGGGCAGCCUGGCCAGCCCUACUGAGACACUUACUGAUGCCGUUUAAGUGCUCUGUGGCAAGCCACAGGUUGGUGGACGUGGAUGUCACUUUUUUUUUUUUUUUUUAACAGCUCAGGAGUCUGAAAUGGUGCUCCAGAGCUCAGUAAGGAUGUGAGCAGGCCUCUGUCCUUCUAGAUUUAAGGAGCCCUUUCAUUAUGCCAUCUGCUGCAUUCUGUUCCCUCUUCAAGUGACAGCUUAGAUCAUGUCUCAGUUGCCACUGCUACAGGGCUGUGGGCCGCCAGAGGAAUUUAGCCCUUUGUAGAGUCCUACCAGCCAUGUUGGGGGAUUAAGACAGGGUCGCACCCCACAGAUCUCUGCAUCUCCCCAGCUUGUGUCCAGUUUUGCCCUGGACACCUCAGCACGAUCCCACCCACCCCCCACCCCCGUUAAUGACCAGAGAACUCUACACUCACUGGUGACUGUCCACCUUGCCUGCCCUUCACUCCUCAGCUCCCAGCAGGACCUUGGCUUCUGCCCAUCCCCCACCAAGGGUUGGAACAACAGACCCGCCUGUUCCUAGAAGCCAGCCACCCUACAUAUUUUUAGCUUCCUAUUUUUGAAUUCCACAAUCAUUUCUGAGUCAUCCAGCUGCCUGCCUUCUGGUCACAAGGUCCCUGUGUGGACUCUGUUUCAGACCAGCCAGUGGGACAUGAUGUGCCAGACCGUGUGAUGGGCCCUGGCCUUUCAGUAGCUGAUGGAGGCAGCUCUGGUUUGCUAGGAGCUGUGGGCUAAGUGGAGGCUGGCCUGAGGGGUAUUUGCCUCACUGUCACUAAGGCUUUCCUGAGCCAAAGCCAAGUGACAGAACCUGAGGGUUGGUUUUGGUUUUUGUUGUUGUUGUUUUCUUGUUUUGUUUUGUUUUUUUGUUUUUGGUGUGGCUAGAACAGGACAGCAUGGUGGGCAUGUGUGUGGAGGUUCAUGGCUCCCAGACUCCCAAAGCCUUGAAUGGACUGUGGAGAUGAUAUAUAGUCCCUGUCCAUCAAAAUAAGACAGGCAUGCUGCUCAUACGUAGUGUCUUAACAUCGGAAGCUGAGGCAGGAGAAUCACUGCAUUUUAAGAUCGUCCUGGGCUAAACAGACCUCAUAUCAAGCAAAAAGUCAGGUGUGUUGUGGUAUAUACACCUGUAAUCCCAGCACUUGGGAAGCUAGUGGGGGAGGAUCAGGUACAGGCAGGGUUUCUCACUGAAUCUAAGUCCAGCCUAAGCUGCAUGAGACCCUACCUCAAAAAAAAAAAAAAAAAAAAAAGCCCAACCCUGCCGCCAAAAAGAAAAACCCAUACUGCGUAUUUGGAUAGGCACAGGACUCUGGGCUCAGUAGUGACUGCAGCAGGUCAACUCCAACACCUCGGGUCCCUGAACUGUGUGAUAAUUAACGGUUAGAUGGGUCUGUUGUGUGUUUUCCCAGCUGUUCAGUGUGCACGUAAUUACAUUGCUAAUUUGAAUUCUGUAUGUUUGCCAGGCUUCUCAUUUACUGGUGGUCACAAGGUCUGGGAGAUCUCAGUCCAGUUUUUUUAUAUGGCAGAGUUCCACUGUUAGUGAAAGCCUGGGACAGUGGCACUUUUUCCCAUGGGUCUCCUGGCUAGAACACAGCCAGUGCCCUCCAGUGAGGUCAGCAGUCAUCACUCAUACACUACAUUCCUCUCCCUUGCCUGCCCACAGUUAAAACCCAGCUCAUAAACCUGAUGGCAGCUGAAACUGCUACCAACUUGACCAAAGACCUCAGGCUAGCCUUGUUUCUACCAUCCUUGUGUCCUUGAGGAACCAAUUCAGGCCCAUCCCAGCAUCUUCUAAAUAAAGUCUUUGCUUCCUCUGAGUUUGCACAGACACUGAAAGUUCCAUGUGUCCUCUGGCAGAAAAAAACACAUGCAAAGAUGCUGAGAUUUCUUUUCACUGGAAGAUUAACUAGGGCAGGGAUAGUCAUCCUUUGGGGCCAAGUGUGUCCACUGGUGCUAUGUCCACUCAUGGUAACCUACAGCCCUGACCCAGGAUCCAGAGGAGAUCCUCCCCUCUUGCCAUAUUACCUCAGGCCCCUGGGGGAUAGAAUUCCCCAAGCUAAUCUAUGGCUGCUUGCACAAACUUAUUCUAUAACAGACUCCCAGACCUUACCACAACUGAGGCCAUGUUGGGAGUACCAGUUGAGCCAUAAAACUCAGCCCAUAGACUGCACCACCUGCCAAAAUGAAAACAAAGAUCUAAUCCAUUAAAGCCCAUAGUUCUAGGAAAGUCUCUAAAUGAAUCAACCUUGCUUUUUGGCUUCUGUAGUUCUGUUUCUGGCUAACUGUUCUUGCUAACUGAAGCAUGUCAACCCAGGAUGGAGUUUAUGCUCCUGCCCCUAGAAGGCCUUGCUUCAGGCACGACUGUAUUAGCUUGCCAGACCCAAGCCUGGAUACCUUCAUUGACUGGCCUUCAAUCCUUGGAAUUUAGUGGGAAGUCAAUAACUGGAAACUUGUGAUUGGUGUGGAUUCAGUGCUUCAUUUGCAUGCUCCUGUGCUGCUUCCUGGUAUUGCAAUA